CGGCUGGCUGGCCCCGGCCCUGGCUCGCCAAAUAAGGAAUCGCGACCGAGACGAGGCCGAGACGAGACCGGCUCUCGGCGUGGGCGAGAGCGCCGAUCGCCUCGCUGUCCAUCGCUUUCGCCUCCGUCUCCAUCGCUCAUCGUUUUCGCCUCCAUCCCCUUCUCCCAUCGAGCGUCCUCCUGCAGCGCUUGUGUCUGGUCAAAUCCCCGCUUGCUCGAGAUAUCCCUACCCUGCGGCUCCCUGCAACUCGCAAGCCCACACCGCUUCUCUACGCCUUAUUUCCCAAUUCGGCCCUCGAUUUCCCCCCCCUCCGCGUCUCUCCCUGUAGCAACCACCCACAUGGGCUCCCGACAGCAAGCCGAACUCCGUCUCUCCAUCUUGGACUAUCUUGUUUCAAAUGGUCUCGACAGUGCCGCUGAGGCUCUCAAGGUAGAGGCUGGUCUCGACGACUACGUUUCCGAUGGCAAGCAAAAGUACUCGGGCUUGCUUGAAAAGAAGUGGACCUCGGUCAUCCGCCUCCAAAAGAAGAUCAUGGAUCUGGAGACCAAGAUGUCCCAAAUGCAAGAGGAGCUCGACAACUCGCCUGUGCGAAAGGCCAAUGGCUCGGUUGAUGCCAUUCCUCGCCCACCGGAGAAGCAUGCCCUGACUGGCCACCGCAACCCAGUUACAAAGGUGCUUUUCCACCCCGUUUUCUCCGUCCUGGCCACUGCCUCUGAAGACACGACCAUCAAAAUCUGGGACAGUGAGACCGGCGACUUUGAGAGAACUCUCAAGGGCCACACGAAGGCUGUCCAGGAUCUGGCGUUCGAUGCCAAGGGCCAUCUUUUGGCUUCCUGCUCAGCCGAUCUUUCUAUCAAGAUCUGGGACAUCGCGAACGACUACCAGUGCAUUAAAACGCUCUACGGCCACGACCACAGUGUCUCGUCGGUCAUAUUCUCGCCGUCCGGUGACUUUAUCAUCUCGGCGUCGCGUGACAAGACCAUCAAAUUCUGGGAAACCUCCUCGGGCUAUUGCACGCGUACCCUGACGGGCCACGAGGACUGGGUCCGCUCGGUCGUCUCGAGCGAAGAUGGUCGCUUGAUUGCUACUUGUGCAAAUGACCAGACCGCCCGUGUCUGGGAUUUUGCCACUGGCGAAACCAAAAUCGAGCUCCGUGGCCACGAGCAUGUCGUUGAAUGUGUUCUGUUUGUGCCCACUACUGCGUAUCCGUACAUUCGCGAGCUCGUCGGUGCCGCCGAUGUCUCGAAGAGCAAAGACGAGCAGGCCGUGCCUGGUCAGUACGUGAUCACCGGCUCGCGCGACAAAUCCAUCAAAAUUUGGGAUGUCGCCACUGGACAAUGUCUGCACACACUGGUGGGCCAUGACAACUGGGUCCGGGGUCUCAGCAUGCAUCCUACCGGCAAAUUCCUCCUGAGUAUUUCGGAUGACAAGACCUUGAGGGUUUGGGACCUCAAAUUUGGCCGCUGUGCCAAGUCGUUCGAGGCCCAUACCCACUUUGUGACAUCCAUCGACUUUAACAAGAACAGUCCUGUGGUCGCCACCGCCUCGGUUGACCAGGUUGUCAAGCUGUGGGCAUGCUCAUAAAUCAACGGCGCCAGCCCAAGCCCAACGAGGAUAACCGCUGAUUGUCACCACGACUGUACACUCUCUGGAAGGUGAAAGAAGGCUCCGAAUGGGAGAAGAAAAUGAACUGCAAGCCGAUGCCUUCGUUGUCUUAUAUGUACAUACAUCUGCGUAGCGGCCUCUGCCUUUCAAAGGAUUGGGCUCAUGUAUCCCGCAAGUGAUGCCAGUCGACGGCAUGUCCUAGAAUCUAGAUUCUCU